AUGAUCGAUGAUGAUAUCGACUAUCUGAGCACGAACCUUUACGAUGCCAUCAUAAUUGACGACGACGACGAUGACGUAGAAUUCAUCUCUGUGCAAGGACCAUUUGUCGACGAUGAGGUCCGUUGGGGUGCACCUGGGCCCCCACGCUCUCACAUCAGAACGACCAGAAGACAAACAAAACCUUUUGUCGCCUACGAGCCCAGAACCAGGCCCGUCACUAACCCAUCUUCCCUGCAAGGCCACUGGAUCACGGACACUUUUUGUCUUGUUUCUGGUCUCGUUGUCGAGCUCAGACAAGACUCCAGCGCACCCUUCAAGUGUGGCGACUUUCUCAGCAUCGAAAGUGUCUACGAAGAUCUGGACACUCAUGCAGUCUAUCUCAGAGGCCUUCUCUAUCGUCGUGCAAAGACCUUGGAUGGCAUGCUCCCGAAAAAGCUCAACGAAGUGUAUCAGGUCUUGCAACAGAAUCUGGAAGAUCCCCGUCCCAUCAGUAUCCAAUCUCUCCACGACGUCCCGGUCAGUCUAGCUGUCCGCACCCGCUGCUUGAAACACACCAAUGCCCCAUUUCCCGAGAACAGCUUCCGUACGCAUGAAGACAUGCAUGGACAAACAGAUGAGUUCCGUCGAGACAAUGCGCAGCUCACAUGCCGUUGGAAGAGGCUGUUCCAGUACACUUGCUCGACAGACUUGAAGACCGGUUACCCCAAGCAGCAGUCUCUCCAGAGACUCACCGAUGUUGAAUGUGAUGAGGGUUUUGGCGUUUCGGACGUUGUGCUACGCAAAGCUGUUCCAAAGAUCGAAGCAGACCUUGCCGUUAUCGACCUUACCGCGGAAGAGGCAGUCGAUCAAGACGCUCAGCAGCUAGCGAACAUGCUUAGCAAAACGCACAUCUAUGAUACAAGCACCGAUUCUGCAUACACCUUUGGUGACUUUUUCUGCGGAGCAGGUGGUGUCUCCGUCGGAGCUAGAGAGGCGGGCUUCAAAAUCGUUUAUGGCGUCGACCAUGACAGGGAUGCUUGCGCAACCUAUCGUCUGAACUUUCCUGGCACAACCGUCUUCGAGGAAGAUGUCAACCACAACUUGACCGUUAGAAAGGAAAAUGCACACGUACGCUGCGUCCAUAUGUCCACUGUGUGCAAAACCAUCUCUACUGCAUACACCGUUAGAGGUAGAAACCACGACGCGAACGAGGCAACCCUCUUUACUAUCUCGGAUAUCCUUCGCAAAGCCACACCAAUGGUCGCUACACUUGAGCAGACCUUUGGCGCUCUUAAUCAAGGCAAGAUGCAGCUCUUCAACGCUUUCGUCUGGCAGUUCACCUCGAUGAACUAUUCGGUCAAAUGGGCUGUUCAUACUCUAUCUGAGUACGGUGUUCCACAGGCACGCAAGCGCCUCAUCAUGAUCGCCGCUUGUCCUGGACAUCCUCUGCCUGACUUCCCAAUGCCUACGCACGCCCCUUCAACCGAAAACCCUGUUCCAGACCUGGCUCCUUACAGCCCUGACCAGUUGGUCCGAGGUUGCAUUACCACUAGCGGUGGGCAAAAUAAUUGGCACCCAAGCGGUACGCGUCACUUCACGGAGCGUGAGUAUGCCUGUCUUCAGACAUUCCCUUUGAAUCAUGUCUUCUUGGGCACCAGAUCUUCGGUUGUGCAGCAGGUUGGAAAUGCAGUUCCACCUGCCUUUUCUCAAAAGCUCUUUGAGAGUAUACGCAAGACAUUCGAAGAGAUCGACACGCAAGAUCGCCAGAGGGCCGAACCUAUCCUGGUCGAUGAUGAUGAGGAUAUGAUGGACGAACCCAGGAUUGUUGUGGAUCUGGAUUGA